AGUCUGGAACUGAUUUCCAAUAGAUGAAGUUGUAGGAGAUCGUUUAUUGUGCAACAGCUAUUAAAGUCGAUUCUUAUUUGUCGACAAAAAAUGACACCUUUUCAGUUUUUCAUAAUUCUGAAAUUAUUUACUCAGGAAUUAGCGUCCUCAGAAACCACUGCAACAAAAAGUAUCUGCAUAGAAGUGGUCAAUGGUAAAAGUAACUGUUGUGGUAAUACGAUCUGGGAUGAUCAGAAAAAAGAAUGUGUCCAGUGUGAUCCAGGAUUUGCAGGCAUCAACUGUUCUGAUCACUGUCCCCGCGGCGUGUUUGGAAGACAAUGUGAAUCAGUAUGUCCACAGGAGUGUCAGAAGUGUCACCAUAUUACUGGGGAAUGUCUAACAGACCAAAAUGCAUCCAUGUCUUCCACCAAACUAGUUGAUAGUACAACUCUAGAAAUGAUGGAAGUCGCCGACAUCAAUACAACAGGAAUAGCAGUCCGAAAUACGUCAAUAAUCAUAGUUAUUGUAACCGGAGGUUCCCUGCUCAUCGUAGCACUGUUGUUUGUAAUUACUCAGCACAUCCUAAUGAUAACUAAACAUAGAAGACAAGAGAGAUUUCAUGACGGAGAUGGUACUUUACAGAAUGAAUCGCCUAUAUAUGAACAAGUCAACGAAAGCCAAAUGUUGCAAGAAACUGUUCUUCCAAAAUGAGGAAAACUUCGUGACGAGUAACAAAAGAACCCAAGAAAAACCAGAAUUUUCAGACAGUGCCCAGUUUACUAAAUUGUGAAUUACACUUAUCAAUCAGAAAACGCCAUUGCAUGGUAUAUUGUACAUUGAUACUUAUGCAAUGUACAUAUAAUGAAGGAGUAUAUCAUUCCCAAUUCCACAGUGAUAUUCACUUGUCCAUGUUUGUGCAGAGAAGAGAAAAACUAAGCAAAUACUUCCUGAAGAAAGUGUUCUUGUAUUAUAAAAAAGCAUUAAAGGAUUACAAUUCCAGUACCAAAGCAAUUGAAAAACGUACUAGCUUAAUGAAUUGUAAAAUUGAAAUAUAUAUUCUAAUGAAA